CGAUUUGUCGUCGUCGGCGACAAGCUCGCGCCACCCACCCUAGCAUCCAUCAAUGGCGGCACUGCUGCUGCUGCUAGCUAGCUAGCGUACAUUUCUGCUACAAGCCUGGGAACUUUCGUUGUUUCUAUAUAAGCCAACAUUGGCGUUUUUGGCUUAGCAGCACCAAGCUACCUAGGCGCCUACCUACUCGAUCGCCUUUCUCCUCCAUGACCACCAUGGGCGGCUCGUCGAUCCUGCCCGCGCCGACCGUGGCGACGACGGCGCUGGUGCUGCUGAUGGUGCUGUUAGCAUCGCCGGCAACGGUGGCGAAAGGUUCUGGGCUGUCCGUCGGGUUCUACAAGAAGCUGUGCCCGAAGGCGGAGAAGGUCGUCCGGCGAACCGUCACCAAGGCCUUUGAGAAGGAGCCCGGCACCCCGGCCGAUCUAAUCCGUCUCUUCUUUCACGACUGCUUCGUUCGCGGGUGUGAUGCAUCGGUGCUGCUGGAAUCCACGCCAGGGAGCAUGGCGGAGAGGGACUCGAAGGCAAACAAUCCCAGCUUGGAUGGUUUCGAGGUCAUUAGCGACGCCAAGGAGACUCUUGAGAAGCUCUGCCCGCAAACCGUGUCUUGCGCAGACAUUCUCGCCCUCGCCGCCCGCGAUGGUGCCUUCCUCGCCAGCGGGCUCGACUACGCCGUGCCCACCGGCCGCCGUGAUGGCCUCGUCUCCAAGGAAGACGAGGUCCUCCCCAGUGUCCCUCAUCCCGACUUCAACCAUUCUCAGCUCGUGGAAAACUUCACGGCAAAAGGCUUUACGGCGGAGGAGAUGGUGACGCUGUCAGGGGCGCACACCAUCGGCACCUCGCACUGCUCGUCGUUCACGGACCGCCUCUACAACUUCUCCCAGGGCGGCGCGCUGACCACGGACCCUGCGCUGCCGACGGCGUACGCCGCGCUCCUGAAGGAGAAGUGCCCGCCGGAGACAGCGGCGCAGAACGACACCACCAUGGUGCAGCUCGACGACGUCACGCCGUUCGUCAUGGACAACCAGUACUACAAGAACCUGCUGGCCGGCAACGUGCCGCUCGGCUCCGACGUGGCACUCAUGGAGAGCCCCGACACGGCGGCGCUCGUCGAGCUCUACGCUCGCGAGCCCGCCGAGUACUGGGCCAAGCGCUUCGUGGCGGCGAUGGUGAAGGUGAGCGAGAUGGAGGUGCUCACCGGGGCCAAGGGGGAGAUCAGGCUCAACUGCUCCAAGGUGAACUAGUAUAUAACCAGUUGCUGCGUUCGUCUCUGUACUAUAUGUUUGGAAAAGAUCACGAUACACGUUCUUCUUUUGUGUUAAUGUUUUUUCUUUCAUU